AUGGCAUCUCUCAAUACCUCGAUAAAUGGUCCGUCCAUUAAGAGCAGUUAUAGCAGUGUUGUCAACGGUGCCCCGCCAUCUUCCGACUCUCCCACUCAUGCUCAUUGGGCCCUAUUCUCGGUCCAGGCCCCUCUUUUGAAUGCCUUCCAAGACAGCGGAGCCAAGGAGAGUAUUCUCAAGGUCCAAGGAACAGGCGAAAGCGACCUCGCCGAUCUGAUUGAGGACUUUAGUGAAGGGCGCAUUCAAUUCGCAUUUGCCAAGGUCAAGGAUCCCAACAGUGGCCUUCCUAAGAACAUAUUGAUCGCAUGGUGUGGAGGAGGUGUUCCGGAGCGAACCAAGGGCUACUUCACCAGCCAUCUUGCUGCGGUUUCCAAGAUCCUCCACGGAUACCAUGUUCAGAUUACCGCUCGCUCCGAGAGCGACCUCGAAAUUGAGUCAAUCAUGCAAAAGGUGGCCGAUGCUUCCGGCGCCAAGUACUCAGCGGGAAGCUCAGACAGUCCUCGUUCUGCUGCACCUCCUCCUGUCAAGACCAAGCCUGUCUUCACCCCGACAGCCUCCAGCCGUGCCAACCCACUCGUCGCUGCUCGAUCCAAACGAGAGGAAAAUGUCGACGAGGAUGGGUGGGGUGCUGAUGCUCCUCCUGUCACAAGGACUCAGAUUGAGAAGGUCGAGUCUGCUUACAAGCCUACAAAGGUCAACAUUGCUGAUCUCAGCAAGCAACCCACGGCGACUACCAGCGGAAGCGCCCCCGUCAAGCGCGACGACACACCAGGUGACGUGGUGAAGGGCGGCUAUCAACCCAUUGGCAAGGUCGACAUUGCAGCUAUUCGGGCUCAGGCUCAAAAGAACCAGGAUGACAGGCCGACUCCUGUGAAGGGAUCCUACGAACCCGUUGGAAAGGUUGACAUUGCUGCAAUCCGGGCACAGGCUAAGCCUGCUGCCCCGGAGAAACCUCAGGAGGACGAGACCCGACCUGUAUCGGAACGCAUGUCUGCUUUCUCUCAGCCAGCCCAGUCGGAGCGUCUAACAUCCCUUCCUAAACCCAAGGUCGCCAACAAGUUUAGUGGCGCAGGAGGCUUUUCGGGUACAAAGGCUCCUACACCCGGUGGCCUAGGCUUUGGAGCUCCCGCUCCUGCAAAGUCUGCUCCUGUUGGUGCGGCAAGCCGUACAUUUGCUGAUCAAGGCGGAAAGACUCCUGCCCAACUAUGGGCUGAGCGAAAGGCCAGGGAGAGGGGGGAGGACACCUCCAGUACUCCCGCCCCUGCUCCUGUUGGUAACACUUCUCCUGUUCAACCACAGAAGAGCGGAAGCGAGUGGAAGAGUGGCUACUCGGGUAAGAGCUGGGCUCCAGUGCAGACUGGCGAUUAUGGUCGUGGUGUGCCUGGACAGAUUAGUCAGGAAAACACAGGCGAGCAACCUGAAGAUACACCAGCAUCGCCAUCAGGUGUGUCAGCUCUGCGAGACCGUUUCAAGGACACUGCCCCUAUCAGCGCGGGAGCCCCUCCCCCUCCCGCUGCUCGCCCUGCAGAGGACGACACUACACCACCGCCUGUUCCUAGCGGUCGCCCAUCAGGAGGCUUUGCCCUUCCCGGACUGCCUAGCCGACCAGCACCUACAGAUGAGCAGGAUGACGAACGGGAAGACCCCUCCGCUUAUCAGACAGUUACAGAGCGCGAGAGAUCCCCCUCACCCCCUCGUGUUGCUGUUCCAGUCAGCCGUGGACCUGUGCCAGAAGUCGGCACCCCCCCUGAGCAGCGAGCUCCACCUCCUAUUACUCCUAGCCAGAUUGAUGUGCCCAAAGAGUCUGAUCUUGCAGACGAUAAGGAGGUUUCAUCUACCGCCCGUUUUGCUGGCGGUGCGGCUGCAGGUAUUGCUGCAGGUGCUGCUGUUGGGGUCGGAGCUGCUGCUGCAGCCGGCGCUCUCGAGCGUGAGCCCAGUCCAGAGCCAGAGCAAGAGCCUCAUCGCGCCCCUGAACCCGCAGCUCCGCCAGCUCAGGAGUCUCAGGGAGGUUAUCGUGCCGUGAUCCAAUACGACUACGAGAAGGCUGAGGACAACGAAAUCGACCUGAUCGAGGGCGAUGUUGUCACUAACAUUGACAUGGUGGAUGAAGACUGGUGGAUGGGCACUAACUCACGUGGUGAGAGCGGCUUAUUCCCCAGCAACUACGUUGAAUUGGUGGGGGAUGAUGAUUCAGAGCAACCGGCUGCUGCGGCGGUGCCUCCUCCACCACCACCCGUUGCUGAGCCCGAGCCAGAGCCCGAGCCCGAGCCCGAGACUCAAGCUCCGGCUGCUGCUGCUGCUCCGGCUGAGGCCGGCCACACGGCUGUUGCCCUCUACGAUUACGAAGCAGCUGAAGAUAAUGAGUUGAGCUUCCCUGAAGAUGCCACAAUUACCAAUUUGGAGUUCCCUGACGAAGAUUGGUGGUUUGGUCACUAUGCUGGGCAAGCCGGUUUAUUCCCAGCCAAUUACGUGCAACUCAACCAGUAA